AUGGCGGUCAUUUCGACAGCAGCGUUGUCACGCGCUUUUACUACCAAAAUAUUGCUGAUCCAGUUGGCUCUUACUCUCGGGCAGCGUGAUGAAUAUUUCAGAGAAGACCUCAAAUUACUAAGUCAAAUUGGAGAUACACAGAUCAGUAAACUAAGGCCCACAGUGAGGGGUGAACCGACUAUUGUUGCUUGUAAUAUUAAUAUAAACAGUUUCGACUCUGUGUCAGAGAGCAGUAUGGAUUAUGAACUUACAAUAUUCCUCAGACAAGAGUGGCACGAUCCUCGAUUACGUCACAACUCAACAAGUACAAUAGUCAUCAACGGUGGUGAUGUAAUGAACAUAGUCUGGGUACCGGAUCUGUUUUUCACUAACGCGAAGUCAGUCACGAUUCACAGCACUCCAAAAGAGAACCUUCUACUAAGGAUAGAUCCAAGUGAUUCGUAUAACACGAAGGAAUUACUGUUGACGUGGUUACGUAAUACCACUGCCGUUGAAAUUGACGAUGAUGUUGAACUGCCGCAGUAUUACCUUGAACGAAUUGAGAAGUAUAAUAAUGUGACACAUUAUAUGACGGGCGAUUUCACACAUCUGGGUGUUGGUUUUUUUCUGGUUCGGAGUCUUGGAUUUUACGUGCUGCAAGCAUAUGUACCGAGUUCUCUCUUGGUGGCGCUGUCGUGGCUGUCGGUCUGGGUGGAGAUAUCUGCCGCGCCUGCCCGCGUGGCUUUAGGUGUAACUACUGUUUUAGCAUUGGUCACACAGGCAACGUGGUUACGCAGCCAGUUACCUAAAAUUGCCUACGCGACGGCUAUUGAUGUAUGGAUGGUUACUUGCCAAGUCUUUGUAUUCUUAGUCUUAUUAGAAUAUUCAGUGGUGUAUUAUUUAUAUUCACUUGAAAAAGGACAGUACGCAGAGAGAAGAAAAAAACGAGAGCACAGAAGAACAACACGUAUGAGGGAAAAUUCAACGAGAGACGAGCACGAGCAAGAGAAUCUGAAGACAGCAGCCAACCAGUUUUCUAGGAGUGUCAGUUUUGAAGAUGGGAAUUCAAAUAACAUUGAGACUGAGAAGUCGGUCCUUCCGAAUCGAGGUAUAGUACGAUUAAGACCGAAAGUACGCCCACCAUUGAUGAGGCAAGAGACACAAGUAUUAACAACGACAGAGUUGAUGCACGAUUCCAAGAAUAAGACAGACUACUUAUGCGUAGCUUUAAUGGUUGACAAACUCAGUCGAAUAAUUCUACCGUCAAUAUUUUUGAUCAUGUGUAUAGUUUACUGGUCUUAUUAUCCUAUUCAUAAGCAUAGCUACUCGGUAAAUUAA